UACACUUAGACCUUUUCCCGUGGUAAAAGGCUUAAAUCCCUCGGUAAACCGAUUUUUGUAGUGUAACCGACAUUUCCCGUGGUAAAUAUACCGCGGUGAAUCACCAUAGAUACAUCAAAARGAACAGAAGAACCGACCGUGACAUUUACCUAACUAAAGAGCUGGGUCUUUCUCCGUCCCAAGAUAAAGCGACCAAUCAGAUUGCUUUGUGAGGUUAAUCCCGGAAACUGCAUGCUGUGAGUACUGAGUUGAGUUAAAACACAUCGUGUAAAACGAGAAACUCGUACGUGUGUAACUUCGAGCAUCAUGGCAGGAUUUUAUGACUCACAGUGAGUAUUUUAAUGAUCAUUUAAAAUUCAUUUUCAGUAUUUAAAUAAGGGUAGUUUAUGCGGAAUCAACUGAUGAAAUUUUUUUUAGAAUGAACCGCGUGGCUCAACAUGGUACGUACGGCACAUUUCCCAGCCAGUCUAAUACAGUGCAUUUUGCCGGUCAAGAACCAUAUUACCYGCCAGCUUCUACAGGACAAUUUGUUUUUGUGCCCUCUGGAUCUCCACCACCAGGCAUGCCCUUGACUGAAGACCAACCGAGUACAUCAGACGCCACAUCAAAAGGUGAAUCUGCAUCCAAAACAGCAGGAAAGCGUUGGGAAGAUUUAGAGGUGAAGCUCCUAAUAGAAGCUUACAAGGAGAAUCAUGAUCGCCUAAAAAGCGCAAAGAGUAGUCGCGGGAAGAAAAGUGCUUGGGAAAUUAUUUAUGACGAUUAYAUUCAGCUUUGMAAUGAUGCCAAAAUCAAAACCACUAAGACCUUAGUCCAGGCCAAAGAAAAAUGGAGGGCGCUCUUUGAUAAGUACAAGGCCGUCUGUGACAACAACCAAAGGACGGGACGUGGAAGAAUGGAUUUCGAAUACUUUGAAGCCAUAGAUGAAUUUAUGGGGCMGUCGGACAAGGUAAAUCCGAAGUUCGUGAAAGAAACUGCAAUUAUUAAUGAUCAGGAUGAUACAAACGAGGAGGACAGUCCGGGGGACACUAGUUCUGAAGUAGCAGAUGAAACAUAUGGCAAGCAAGAGAAGAAACAAACCAAGAAAUCGGAUGACAGUAUUKAGCGCCCAAAAAAAAGGAAGAAGACAAAGGAGGAGAAGGGAAAGGAAGAAAGUGAAAAACUGAUGGAACUGUUGCAAACGCAGCAAGAAGCCCUUCAAAAGUCAGAAGAAAAUGAUAGGAAAGCGCUAGAAUCACUGCUUCAGUUCCAAAAUGAUGCUGAAAGGAGGCACCAAGAGUUUAUGGUAUCCGUACUAGGGAAGUUAGGAGAUAUCUUCUCAAAAAAAUAGGUUUGAACUGUUAUGUUUUGAGUAGAGGAAUUUAUUGUUACUGUUUCAUUUACAUGCUCGUAUUUCACGAGUAGUGGAUGCUUAAUUKUCAAUCAUAAAGCUUUUGUAUUUGAUAUAAUWRAACUGAACAUACAGAUAAGUACGACCUCUAGUAAUGAACGAACAUUAGAUAAAACGAACAAAAUUGUUUGCACAAAAAUGCAUUGAUAUUUUCUAGAUACGAAAUAAAUUCAAUUCUCAAUAAUAA